UUUGAGAGGUUGAAUGAGAGCUGUGGUACAAUUUGUUUUUAUUGUUUUUGGAUAAAAUUUUGCAUUUAUUUCUAUUAUCAGUAAUGUCUUUAAGUGGUGUUGAUUUUAUAUAUUAAACGUAUCAUCGUAAUAAUGUGGAUUGCGUCAAAAACACCUAAAUUAGGUGUCGCUGUCUACAACUGGAAAGGAGAUGUACGUUCCGGAUUACCUUUGGAAAUUGGAGAGACAGUGCAAAUAUUAGAAGAAAAUGGAGGCUGGUAUAGAGGCUUUAGUACAACAAACAGAUCGGCAUGGGGCAUAUUCCCGGCGUGCGUCGUAUCAAUUAGACCAUGUACGGUCAAAGGAUCAGGUGCCACUGCGAUUGCGGAGUUGAAAGAUGAUCCCCUGGUUCGGGAGAUAGCGUCCGUCUUGAGGGAUUGGGCACGUCUCUGGAAAAAGCUUUAUGUGGAGCGAGAAACGUACAGAUUCAGUGCGGUAGCGAAGGUGAUGCGAGAGCUGUUAAGUGGCCGACGCGCGCUCCUCGCCGGCACUCUCACGCAGGACCAAACUCGUGCGCUGCGGUUGAAGCUCGUAGCUAAAUUGGACUGGGGCAAUAGAAAACUUGGGUUGGAGUUGGUACCGCGUCGGGGGGCGGAGGCUGUGGAGCCUGAGGAUAUCAGCCUCGUGGAACUGUACAGGGUGCACGUCGAAAGUGCGGAGAGAGCUGCAGCAUGGCGGGGUACCCUUCGUCGUGCGGGCGGUUCAGGCAGCAGCUUCAACUCUGGCACGCUGACCAGCGGUGCGACCAGCGCGCCCGCCCAGUCUCACCAUCUCAUGUGCAGCAUGAGAGACUUCGGCCACACGGCGGGCGGGGACGAGGCAGAGCUGUUGCUAUGGUUACACGAUGCCCGGAGAGCGCAGCCGUUAUCAGAGAGAUUCCGCGUUAGAAUAGCGAGGGAUGGAUUCUCUAAUUACGUGGACAGAUUACACGCUAAUAGUACACUUUUCUCCGACCUGUCGAUGACGGACUUGUCUCGCGAGCUGUGGCUGGUGGCGUGGGUGGUGCGCGUGGGGCGGUGGGCGGGCGCUGCGGGCACGGAGCGGCGCGGCCCAGUCGCACGUCGCCCGCUCGGCGCCGGAGUGCUGCCUCUCGCAGACUUCCUCCGCCAGCCAGGACACCAUCCCGCUGAAAGAGAGUACACGUUUAAGGUUUAUCAAUGCGAAGAGAAGGACUUUCAUCAGUUGCAUGACAUGUUGAUACGUAAACAAACAAAUAAGUGCAAUAUUCUACCCGGACAGCCUAAUUACGGUAUUGUAGUAGCAUUGCGCUUGCUAACGAACUCUGCAAGUAUAACGGAGGCAGUGGGGUCGGGAGCAACAGUAACACCGAAGCGGGGAUUCCCCGACAUUAUAAUGCCGGGUGACGUCCGCAACGACCUCUAUCUGACGCUGGAGAGAGCGGAGUUUGAACGCGGAGGGAAGAGCACCGCCAAAAACGUCCUCGCCACUGUCAACGUCCAUGACAACACGGGACAGCUUAUAAGUGAGUGUGUGUGGGGCGCGAGCGGCGCGGGCGCAUCGUGUUACGAGUCUCUGGUGCUGUACCACAACAACAGCCCCGCCUGGGCCGAGCAGCUGCGCCUCACAGUGCCUCUCGACACCUUCACGCACGCGCACGUCCGCAUCGAGUUCCGACACUGCUCCACUCGCGAUAAGAACGAAAGGAAAUUGUUCGGGUUCUCGUUCGCGCGGCUGAUGGAGGCGAGUGGCGCGACACUCAGAGACGGAGCGCACGAUCUCUACGUAUACAAGUGUGAUGAUCCCACCAAAUUGCAGAAUGCAAGUUACCUGUCGCUGCCGUCGUGUGCAAACGACACGACGCGCACAGCGACAUCUAAUGGCGUCAUACCAACCUUCCAGAGGAGCUCCAAGGAAAUCUGCACAAUCAGCACAUUGUUGUGUUCAACAAAACUCACACAAAAUGAGGACCUGCUGGCGCUGCUGCAGUGGCGCGCGCGGCCCGAGCGUGUCCAGGAGACGCUGCUGCGAGUACUGAGGCUGGGUGAUGGUCUCAGCUGCGAGGAGCUCAUCAAGUUCUUACGAGAUGUGCUGGAUGCACUCUUCGCGCUCUUCUCCACUGAGGACGGCAACAGCACUCCACACUCUGGCACGGUGUUCCUCGUGCUGGUGUCAAUCUGCAGUCUGCUGGACGAGAGCCGCUUUCAGCAUUUCCGGCCCGUGCUCGACGUAUACAUCGAAGAGCACUUCUCAGCUGCUUUGGUCUAUAAGGGUCUGCUAUCAUCGGUGCAGCAUUGCGCGGAGUGGGCGGCAGGUGCUGAGGGUCAGGAGCCGAUUCGCAAAUGUCUGCGCUCGCUGGGCGCAGUGUUCCGUCUGGCGGUGCGCUCGCGUCGCCUGUUCGCGCGCGCCACUGGCGGACAGUACGAGGACAGCUUCCGGCGAGAUGUGCGCGCUGCGCUGCAUGCGCUCAAAGCGCUCGCACAACACCCGCAUAGGGAACAUCUUGCACCUGCGCAAGUAGCACUGAUGACAUCAUGGGCGAGCGUUGCCAAGGAGGUGGCAUCAGCGCUAGGUCCAGUGGAGGCGGCGCGGGUCACGGCGGCCAUGUUGGACGCGGCGGCCGCCAACGCCCCGCCCGCCCUCGCCAAGGCCCGCCUCCUUGCAGCACAGGAUAUACUUAAAGGGCCUCUGGGACAGGACCCUGAGGCACGUAACAUAGUGCUAACAACAGCUUGUCAUCACUUGCGCGUCCAUCUUGCACGACGUGAUGAACUGUCCCAGUGCGCGGACAUGCUGGGCGAGCUGGUGACACUGCUCUGGCGGAAGGAGGACCCUGACAUUGUAGAGGAUGAACUGGACCCAGAUGUUGAUGUUCUAUGUCUGAACACACUCGAUGUGUUGGUGGAGACUGUGCUGCAUUUGAUUGGAGGAAAUUCACCUGUGUUGGGUUCAAUGGUGGCUGGUCUAUUGGGCACGAUGGAGUUGCUGCGGCCGGCGCACUAUCAGCGCCUGUGGAGCCACUUGGCACCGCAUCCGCAUGAUCGCAAACCCCUCAAGGACUUCCUCAUGCGAGCAUUUCUCGUCUUUAGACAUCUCAUAGAACAGGACGUUUUUCCAUCUGAUUGGAUGAUGCUACGAGUGCAGAGCUGUAAAGUAUUACUUUCGGCGUUACAAGAUUUGGCAAAACCAUUGCUUGAGAGAUUUAUGGGUGAUGAACCUCCACAAUUUGAUACACAGCUAUGGUCGGGGUAUUUAGAGCUGGGUGUGGCGCUGGUGACGUGCCGGGCGUUGCAAUGGGAACGCUGCGCCGGCCGCGGCCCCGACCGCCCGCGCAUGCGUGCCGCCGCCGGACUACAAGUGCUCGCUGUAUGGAGCCGACUAGGUCCGGCGCAGCUACACCUGAUAGGCGUGGCGGUGGGCGCACUACUGGAGGUGACACUGGUGGGCGCGCUGCGUCGUGCGGCGCUGGGCGCACUGGUCGCGCUGAUGGCGGCUGAGCGCGCGGCCACUGGCGGCGCACGACGCACUGAGGCCGCGCUCGUUGACAAGCUCGACUCCCUCGUCGCUGAUAACAAAGCUGAUGAUCAUUAUAGACGACUCUUUGACACAGUGGAGCAUUUGAGUUCAGUGCUAAUGGAGCGCGUUUCUACUGAGGGAUGGCGCGAGGCGGGCGCGGCGUUCGUGGGCUGCGUCACGCGGCUACUGGAGCGGCUGCUGGACUACCGCGCUGUCAUGCAGGGAGCAGAACACCGUGACAAGCGCAUGUCUGCCACCGUCAACCUACUGAACUUCUACAAGAACGAGAUUGAUCGCAAGGAGAUGUACCUGCGCUACGUGUACAAACUUCAUGAUCUGCACAUCGCCUCUGAUAACUUUGUGGAGGCUGGAUGCACGCUGCUUUUGUAUGCGGAAACUUUAAGCUGGGACAGUGAUCAAAUAGGCGUAGAUCCAGAACAUCCUGAAGUACCGGAAUGGAAACGUAAAGAGGCGUUAUAUAAUCAAGUGCUGGAAUACUUUGAUCGUGGAAAGUGUUGGGAGAAAGGUCUGCCAUUGCUGCGUGAGUUGGGUGCACUGCACGAUGCGCAGUGUGACUACGCGAGGUUGGCGCAUGUGCUGCGUCGUCACGCCGCAUUCCUGGACGCCGCGCUGCAGCAGCUCAGACCAGAGCCGGAGUACUUCCGUGUUGGAUUCUACGGCAAGGGGUGUCCGCUCUUCGUUAGAAACAAACAGUUCGUGUACCGCGGACAGGACUACGAACGUAUCGGCGCGUUCACACAGCGGCUGCAGGCGGAGUACGUUGCUGCUCAUAUCCUCAUGAGGAACACGCCGCCUGAUGACUCCAUUAUAGCCGCUGAUGGACAGUAUAUCCAGAUCUGCAAUGUGAAGCCGGUGUGUGGGAAGGUGGUAGCUGCAGGUGCUGCAGAGGCGGUACGUCGAUACUACGCCUGUAAUGAUGUCGACACCUUCCUUUGUGAUAGACCACUUCACAAACCACCCAUCGACAAGGAUAACGAGUUUAAGAGCCUUUGGAUUGAACGAACAACGUUGGUGACUGAAAACACAUUGCCUGGAAUAUUAAGAUGGUCGGAAGUUAUAUCUAGAUCCGUUGAAGAAAUACCACCUGUUGAGUACGCAUGCGAAACAAUGGAGGCGACAGAACGGGAAUUACGUAGUCUUAUAUCUCAAUACACAGCAGAUCCUACACAAAAUAUCAAUCCAUUUUCAAUGAGAUUACAAGGUACCAUAGAUGCCAACGUACAAGGUGGCAUCAGUAAAUACGAACAGGCGUUCUUAACCGCGGAGUUCGCGAGAACAGCCUCGCCCAGAGAACUGGCUGCUGCAGCUAAACUGAGGAGGUUGAUAGCUUCUCAGUUAGCUGUAGUUGAUGCUGGAUUGACGCUGCAUGGAAGAUUGGCACCAGAGGAAGUUAAACCUUUGCAUCGGCGAUUGGUGGAAAGAUUUAAUCAGUUAAGACAGAAUUUGGGGCCUGGAUUGGCGCGAGCUAGACGACAACUUUCAGAAAGUAUUGUCAACACUCCCCUGCCACCAGUACCUGCCCUGGAUAAACGAUCUCAAAGUAUACAACAGAGUGAUAAUUAUUAUGAGGAUGGACAUCUCUAUAAUAAACCAAUUUACACGUUGGAUGACUGCGAGCAGCAGAGCGGUGUGAUGUCGAGCAGUCUGCCGGCGCAAGACAACCGCGAGAGUGUGGACAGCGGGGCCAUGGCGCACUCCGCACCCCCGCUACCCUCUCGCCCCAAGUCCGGCGACCCCAGGAGCCCUACCAGACCACCACUAGAUAACUACCGGGAUUCAAUGGAUGAAGAAGUAGAAACCCGACGGUACAGUCGAGCGUCGUGGAGCGAGCCCGGUGACGCGCCGCCGUUGCCGCCCAGAGUGUCCGGUGAUAAGCGGUCGUGGGGUGAAGCGCCGGCGGUGCCGCGUCGUGCGGCGCGCAGUGAGGCGGGGGAUGAGCGCGACUCUGGAGUCAGCAUUGACGCGCACGCGUAUACCAACGCGGAUGACCACCGCGCACACCAUAACGAUCUGGACUUAACAGUGGAAUCGUUACGUUACGAGGAGAUAAUCUCAAUGAUGUCGGAGCCGCUGCGCGUGGAGGAGGAGGAGACUCCGCCCCCCAUACCACCAAAGGGGCUCGGCCAUCUCAGCAGCUUCGACUCCGGACAUCACGAGAACGGCGAGUCACACUGCUAACUAACACACAGUUACACAAUCUUUCUUAUACCUACUCAAUACUACAAGAUUAAUGAAUUAAUAUCUUCUCCAUAAUAAAGUUGCAACAAAAAUAUAUCAAACGCCAUAUAAAAGUUUCUAUGAUUUUUUCAAAUAUGAUCACAGCGUUCACACGCACUUUUUAUACACAGGACACUUCAAAACUAGUCCACGUCACGGAUAUUACUGACAGAGCAGUCAAUCUGUCAGUAAUACUUAGUUUACAUGAUACCAGUACAGUAAGACAGUAGUACUGGCCUUGCAUGUACUGUAUAGGUUCAACAGUGCCAGUUUACAUUAUGCCAGUUGUAUGCCAUUGUUGAUUUUGAGCGCUACUGGCUUAUUGUACUGGUUUAAUGUAAACUAGACAUAAUAUCACUAUGCUUUUAUGGUUUUAUGCUCCAAAAGACAUAAAAUCAGAAUAGAGGUUAAUGUAAAAUUUAGUUUCACGUGUUUUUGUAGUAAAUGGUUCAAAGAA